UCAAAAGCCAUGGAAAAUCCGAACGUACUCUUUUAAAGAGGUGGUGCGUUCAGAGGGAGUCAGUUAUUCUGAGGAAGGAGGAAACGCUGAUGAAAAACAAACCCAACACACGGUCUCAAUGGACUGGGCUGUACUCUUAAUACUGCAAGUCAUGCUUCAGCCAGCAUUUUCAGUCUUGUUCACUGUUGAGGCAGAGCAAACUAUGUACCAGUCAGAGUAUGGAGGGGAUGUUGUCAUGGGCUGCAAAUUUCAGCCAAUACCAUCCAAUUCUCAUUCUGGAAUGACAGUGAGCUGGGACCGGGUCUCCUCUUCCCCCAUGACUCGUGUGGUGUACCAGAUAAAAGAUGGAGUGGAGCACUUGGAAUCUCAAGAUCCAGCGUAUCAAGGCCGAGCAAGUCUUCUCACGGAUGGACUGGAAAAAGGCUGGGCCAAGCUGAAGGUGUCCAAGCUCGGGAUCAGUGACUCUGGAACCUAUCGAUGCAUUGUACGAACAAAUGAUGGAUUUGAUUACAAAACCAUAAGUCUGUCCGUUAUUGCUCCUUAUAAAACGGUGACUAAACACAUCCAGAAGACUGCAGAGGGGGAUGGGGUGCUGCUAACCUGCCAGUCUGAAGGAUACCCAGAGUCUGAGGUUCUGUGGCAUAAUGGACACCUCCAGAGUCUCAAGCCCAACACCACAUCUGUAUCAACAGCUGAGCAGCUUUACAAAGUCACCAGUCAGAUCCAUGUCACAUCAUCUGACAAAAACAACUACACUUGUAGCUUUGGAAAUGGUGGUGCCUCUGCAACGUUUCAUAUUCCAGAUGAAAUGCCUCAAGCAAAAAACGAUGCUAUUGUUGUCAGCUUGUGCUUUUGUGUGAUUCUGGUCGCCAUGGUCAUUAUUAUAGUGUUGUUAUAUCGACGAAAAGAGUUCAUUACUGCAAACACUCCUAACACCAGGAACCAACUGGUUGACAAUCUGAGAAGAGUCUUUUCAUCUGCUGCAUGCUUUCAAAAAUGCACAGUAAGCGAUGAAGAAAGAACUAAAUUUAAUACAUACGACCAAACUGAUCUGGAGGCCAUUCUGAAAAAUCAUUACUCCAAGGUGAUGGAGACAGAGAGGUGGAACCAGUGGGAGGUGUUCUGUGUAGAGGAGCUGCUUCACAGGCUGCAGAACAAUAACAGUCAACCAGCAAAACUUCAAGAUUUGCUCCCAGAUGAUGGAGAAAUACUGUUUCUUGAGGGACCCCCAGGAAGUGGGAAGACCACCAUAGCUCACAUCCUGGUUUCUUCUUGGACUGAAGGACCUACACGUGUUCUCCCUAACCUCCCUGACCUCAGCAGCCUUCAUCUUCUCUUAUAUGUCGACUGCAGCAGAGUGAAAGGAGACUUGUUUCAGGAAAUAACCACACAACUUUCACUUGCGGGGAGAGUUUCAGUGGAGAAUGAGCUGAGGACGAUGUUAACCAGUGAAGCACUGCUGCUUUUGGAUGGUUACAAAGAGGGAAACCACUUAUUUGAUGAAUCUCUGAAGAGGUUUCUGUGUGAUAGAGGGGGAUGCAGGGUGCUGGUCACCGCCUGCCCGGGACACUGUCCCAUCCUGAGGGAGACCGUGGGGACAGUAAGACUGAAGAAGCUCCAAAUGCAAACUCAGAAGUACUGAGGACGCAGAUAUUUCUGUUGAAUAGAAAAAUGAGCAUUUGUUACACUUUUAUAACACUGUAGUAUUUGUAUAAGAUGUUUUGCCUAAAUGAAUAUUCUAUUUUGUAUAAGCUGUGAAAUGUAGUUAAUUGUACAAAAAGCCAAUGCAGUAAAGGCCGGUCUUUUAUUUUUUCC